UAGCAAAGCUCCAUCCGUUAAAGAGCUCCACAUUGAGCAGAGUCCACUAAUCCUGAUUAAAACAGGGGGGAGAGUGGGACGCCGAGACACAUCACACAGAGAAGGACCAGGAGGACAGAGGUGGGGACACCAGAUAUAUGGAGGAUAAUUUUAUGAUUCUUCAAGAUGGACAGCAGAGGAAGGAGAGGAACCAAUGGGUCAGUCAAACGUUCGUCCAUCAAACGCAGCACGUCUUCUGGAUCCCAAAGGGUUCACAGAGCCUGGAUCGAGAGAACCUUCCAGAAGAGAGAAUGCAUCCAGAUCAUUCCCAGCAAAGAUGCCAGCAGGUGCAGCUGUGGUCAGCUGGUGGCACAGCACCCCCCCAUCCCAGCAGGGGCAGGUGAGGAAACGGCCCAGCUGGUUCAACUGGACGUCCAUCCUACAGAACGAUGGAGUGCCUUGAAACACACGCAGACGUCCGCCACCGACGCCUACGGGGUACUCGAGUUCCAGGGAGGCGGACAUGUCAACAAAGCAAUGUACAUCAGGGUCUCCUAUGACUCCAAGCCAGACCCUCUCCUCCACCUGAUGGUGAAAGAGUGGCAGCUGGAGCUGCCUACAUUGCUAAUCUCCAUCCAUGGAGGGCUUCAAAACUUUGACCUUCCCCCCAAACUAAAGCAAGUCUUUGGAAAGGGGCUGAUCAAAGCUGCUGUCACCACUGGAGCCUGGAUCUUCACAGGUGGAGUCAGCACAGGAGUGAUCCGUCAUGUCGGAGACGCUCUCAAAGACCAUUCAUCCAAGUCCAGAGGAAAGGUCUGCGCCAUUGGUAUCGCACCCUGGGGAAUUGUUGAGAACAAAGAGGACCUGAUUGGGAGAGAUGUGACAUGCCCCUAUCAGACCAUGUCCAACCCACUCAGCAAGCUGUCGGUCCUGAACAGCAGCCACUCACACUUCAUCUUGUCUGACAAUGGGACGACGGGCAAAUACGGAGCUGAGGUCCGCCUUCGCCGGCAGCUUGAAAAGCACAUCUCCCUGCAGAAGAUCAAUACACGUUUGGGUCAGGGGGUCCCGGUGGUCUGUCUGAUCCUAGAGGGGGGUCCAAACGUCAUCUCCAUUGUGAUGGAAAGUCUGAAAGAGGAGCCUCCUGUCCCAGUCGUGGUUUGUGACGGAAGCGGCCGAGCCUCCGACAUCAUCUCCUUUGCUCAUAGAUACUGUGAGGAGGACGGCAGGUUGGUGAACGAGAGUGUUAAAGAUCAGCUGCUGGUCACCAUCCAGAAAACCUUCAACUACAGCCACAGUCAGGCUCAGCAGAUCUAUCUGAUGGUUAUGGAGUGCAUGAAGAAGAAAGCUCUGAUCACAGUGUUCAGGAUGGGCUCAGAGGGGCAGCAGGACAUCGAGAUGUCCAUCCUCACAGCUCUGCUGAAAGGUACCAAUGCUUCUGCCUCCGAUCAGCUGAGCCUGGCUCUGGCCUGGAACCGAGUGGACAUCGCUCGUAGUCAGAUCUUUGUCUACGGCCUCCACUGGCCUCCUGUGAGCGCCUUAACGGCUGAUCGGCCUAAAAGCCCGGCAGCCCAGCGCCCGGCAGCAGCAGCAGCUAAAGGGAAAGCUAGAGGAAAGAAAGGGAAAGGAGCUAAAACCAAACCAGAACCACCGGAGGAGACCAACCCACGGAAACUGGAGCUGCUCAACUGGGUUAACUCUUUGGAACAAGCCAUGAUGGAUGCUCUGGUGUUGGACAGGGUGGAUUUUGUCAAGCUUCUGAUUGAAAACGGCGUCAACAUCCAUCACUUCCUGACAAUACCACGUUUAGAAGAGCUGUACAACACAAAGCUGGGACCUGCAAACACGCUGCACUUUGUGGUCCGAGAUGUCAAGAAGGGGAAUCUUCCUCCUGAUUACCAGAUAACACUGAUUGACAUCGGGCUGGUUCUGGAGUUCCUAAUGGGUGGAGCAUACCGCUGCAAUUACACCAGGAAGAAUUUCAGGACACUGUACAACAACCUGUAUGGACUCAAAAGACCUAAAGCUCUGAAGCUGCUUGGAAUGGAGGACGAUGAGCCACGACCAAAGGGUAAAGGGAAAAAAAGCAAGAAGAAGGAGGAGGAAGUAGAUAUUGACGUAGAUGACCCUGAGGUCAGCAGGUUUCAGUAUCCCUUCCAUGAGCUGAUGGUGUGGGCAGUACUGAUGAAGCGCCAGAAGAUGGCGCUGUUCCUGUGGCAGAGAGGGGAGGAGGCCAUGGCUAAAGCUCUGGUAGCCUGUAAACUCUAUAAGGCCAUGGCUCACGAGUCCUCCCAGAGCGAGCUGGUGGACGACAUCUAUCAGGAUCUGGAGAACAACUCAAAGGAGUUUGGCCAGCUGGCCUACGAACUGCUGGACCAGUCAUACAAACACGAUGAGCAGCUGGCAAUGAAAAUGCUGACCUAUGAACUCAAGAACUGGAGUAACUCCACCUGCCUGAAGCUUGCUGUAGCUGCCAAGCACAGAGACUUCAUCGCUCACACCUGCAGUCAGAUGCUGCUGACUGACAUGUGGAUGGGAUGCCUGAGGAUGGGCAAGAGCAACAGUCUGAAGGUGAUUUUGGGAAUUAUUUUCCCACCCACCAUCCUGCUCUUGGAAUUCAGACUUGGAGAUGAAGCUUUUCACCAUUCAUCAAGAGAAAACAUGGCUGGGAGCACUAAAGACGAGGACAAAUUUAACAAGGACGCUGCCUCCAACAUGGACACUGUGUCCAAGAAAGGAGAUGAAGAGGAGAACCAGAAGGGGCACCUGAGGAUUCCCAUUGGGAGGAAAAUCUAUGAGUUUUACAACGCCCCCUUCACCAAGUUCUGGUUCAACACGAUCUCAUACCUGGUGUAUCUCAUGCUUUAUAACUACAUCAUCCUGGUGAAGAUGGAACGCUGGCCUUCUUUGCAGGAGUGGAUUGUCAUCUCUUACAUCAUCACUUUGGGCCUGGAGAAAGUCAGACAGAUCCUUAUGUCGGAGCCAGGAAAGCUAAAACAGAAGAUCAGUGUGUGGUUGGAGGAUUACUGGAACAUCACCGAUCUGGUUGCCAUCACUCUCUUCAUACUGGGCCUUCUACUGCGGCUCCAGAGCGAACCCUCCAUGGGCUAUGGACGAGUCAUCUACUGUGUCGACAUCAUAUUCUGGUACAUUCGAGUCCUCGACAUCUUUGGAGUCAACAAGUACCUGGGCCCCUACGUCAUGAUGAUCGGGAAGAUGAUGAUCGACAUGUUGUACUUCGUAGUCAUCAUGCUGGUAGUGCUGAUGAGUUUCGGUGUAGCUCGGCAGGCGAUCCUCCAUCCGGAUGAGGAACCUACAUGGCGCCUUGCUCGGAACAUCUUCUACAUGCCAUACUGGAUGAUCUACGGAGAAGUAUUUGCAGACUCCAUAGACCUUUAUGCAAUGGAGAUUAACCCUCCAUGUGGAGACAACAUGUAUGACGAAGAUGGGAAGAAGCUUCCUCCGUGUAUCCCUGGAGCAUGGCUAACCCCCGCUAUCAUGGCAUGUUACCUGCUGGUGGCCAACAUCCUCCUCGUCAACCUGCUCAUCGCAGUUUUCAACAACACCUUCUUUGAGGUGAAGUCCAUCUCCAACCAGGUGUGGAAGUUUCAACGGUAUCAGCUGAUCAUGACCUUCCACGACCGCCCCAUCCUGCCUCCCCCACUGAUUGUCUUCCCCCACAUCUACAUCGUACUGAAGAGCCUGUGCUGCAAAUGCAGGCGCAAGCCGGAGGGAGAACGCGACGACCGGGAGAGGCGACUCCAGCUGGUGCUUAAUGCGGAGGAGAUCAAGAGUCUGUACGAGUUUGAGGAACAAUGCGUGGAGGAAUACUUCAGAGAGAAAGAGGAUGAGAAGCAGUCCUCCAACAACGAGCAAAUCAGAGUCACAUCUGAAAGGGUGGAGAACAUGUCCAUGCGUCUGGAAGAGGUGAAUGAAAGGGAGCACUCCAUGAAGGCAUCCCUGCAGACGGUGGACCUCCGCCUGGCUCAGCUGGAGGAGUUCUCUGGUCGGAUGAUGAACGCCCUGGAGAAGUUAGCCGGCAUUGACCGAACCGAGCUGGUUCGUACAGGAUCCAGGGCGUCGUCCGUAUGCGGGUCGUCAUCUCUCUUACGGCACGGCAGCAUCAACAGCGUCGACGGACAUAGUCUGUACCGGUACCAGCUAGACCUUGACGAUAGGAUGACGGGAGAUACAGAGCACAAAGGAGUCCGUCUAAGUCCUGAGAGAAAAGCAAAUAAGUCAGAGGGAGGAAAUACAACAGGGGGCCUUAAGGAUCUUGUUUCAACCCUUGAAGUCGGAGGCGUGAGGGACAGAGCCCAGUCUCUAUCCAACGUUGACAUCUUGAUCUCCCCAUGUGACCUCAGCAGCUCCUCUACUCCGCCACAUGAGGGUCUUACAGGUGCAGCGUUAAACAAAUCAUCACUGAAGGGUCAACUGGAGGCAGUUCCAUCAUUUCCUGUGGAGAGGUCAAAGGUUACAACAUCUUUAUCAUCUCCAAGGCAAGAUGGCGAGAAGUCUGUGAGCUCCAUCAUCUGCAGCCCCAUGGAGCACGAGUGGCUUGACCGUCCGCCAUCUGCUCAGGUGAUAAAAGGAAAUGACAGAGCAGGAGAGGAGGGAUCCGAGGUUCCAGGUCAGGAGUCGCUAGGCGAGACUGUGGUUGGAGACCAAGAUGAGGAGGAGCAGCUGCUGGUGUCUGAAGACAGGAUUUACCCAGCGCUGCGCUCCAAAAGUCUCAACACCAACCCAACGAAAACAAGGACUAAGAGACAAGAGCAAGAGGAGAAGCCUCGCUCAGCUAGCAGUGUUAAAGACUUGGUGUCAGUGUUCAGGGGGGGUCAGGAGGCCUCCGACCAGAACCAGAGACUCUGAACCGUUUAUCCUGAGACCAGAAUGGGGUCUUAACUCAGCAGAGGUUGCAUUAAUAAUGGACUGACUGAUAGGCCUCCACUGAAUGUGGCUCUUUAUUCCCUUCAAUGUUGCUGAUGCCGUUUUCUUAGCAGGCUGUGUUGUUGGGGGGGGGCAUGACCUAAAUCAUAAAAACUUGAGGCAACAUUUAAAAAUUGCAUCAUAAACAAUAAAAACACUUUUAUGUGUUAUCUUUUACAUAAGCACUAAAUGUUUGCAUUAAAAACUACAUUUUGAAGUUAUUCUUCUCUCAUUUCCAGGUAGAAAUUAGUUCCUAGACCCUCCAGGUUUAAUC